AUGCCGGUGAUGAAGUACCUGCGGAAGGGCCUGCACCGGCUGCAGAAGGGCCCCGGCUACACGCAGAAGGAGCUGCUGGUGUGGUUCUGCAACAACACCAACACACAUGGCCCCAAACGCAUCAUCUGCGAGGGGCCCAAGAAGAAGGCCAUGUGGUUCCUGCUCACACUGCUCUUCGCCAGCCUGGUGUGCUGGCAGUGGGGCGUCUUCAUCAACACCUACCUCAGCUGGGAGGUCAGCGUGUCGCUUUCCAUGGGGUUCAAGACCAUGGACUUCCCGGCCGUCACCAUCUGCAACUCCAGCCCCUUCCAGUACUCCAAGGUCCAGCACUUGCUGAAGGACCUGGACGAGCUGAUGGAGGCUGUCCUGGAGCGCAUCCUGGCUCCCGAGCCAAGCCACGUCAAUGCCACCCGUUCCCUGAACCUCACCAUCUGGAACCACACGCCCCUCGUCCUCAUCGAUGAGCGGAACCUCAGCCACCCUGUGGUCCUCGACCUCUUCGGGAACAACGACACUGACCCAGCAAGUCACAGCUCGGCCCCAGGAAGCACCUGCACCGCCCAUGAGUGCAAGGUGGCCAUGAGACUGUGCAGCCUCAAUGGGACUGUGUGCACCUUCCGAAACUUCACCAGUGCCACCCAGGCAGUGACCGAGUGGUACAUCCUGCAGGCCACCAACAUCUUCUCGCGAGUACCACGGCCAGAGCUGGUAGCCAUGGGCUACCCGGCCAAGCGCAUGGUCCUGGCCUGCCUGUUCGGGACAGAGCCCUGCAGCUACCGUGCACAAGACAGGGAUGACGCAUGGGCAGGCACUCUACAGCUGACGUCAAGGAGUUCCAAGCCCAUGGAGCAGGGCAGGCAGCUCCGGGGGCCCGUACUGCCAGCCACCCCAAAG